AUGAGCGAGAUAUCAUGGUUAUUGAUUAUAGUUGCAUUUAUGAUCGAUUAUAAUUUCAAUGAAUUUCAAUCAUUGAGUCCAUUUAUAUUGAUGAAUAAUUUUGAUAAGCAAAUUAUUAGCAAAAUAAUGGUAAAAGGAGUAAAAAGCAAGAAAAAAGCUAAAGAAAUGGCAUCAAAGAUUGCUAAUAUUGAAAGCACCGAUUUGAGACGUCGAAAUUUUCUACCCAGCCGUGAUAUUAUUACAAGCACUGUUGUUGCUUCACCAAUUUAUCCAUGUGAUGAAAAAAAUGCACCAAAUUAUAUGAUUUAUUGUCAGGGUGAAUUGUUACAUACUGUAUUAUUAAGUAAUAUUUUCAAAGAUUCAAAAACAUUUGUGGAUAAACCAAUUAAAAAAGAACCAGAUGAAAUAAUUAGUGCAUUUAAUCAAAAAUUUCCUAAUCAAAUUACCAUCAAUGAUCGAGAAGCACUGAUAUCAUUUGUGGAUGAAUAUUUUGAUACCGAAGGAAGUGAUAUUCAGGAAUGUCCGGAAGAUACGAUGGAAGAUUGGAAUGAUGAACCGGAAUAUUUGAUAGCAAUCGAAGAUAGAGAAUUACGUCAAUUUGCUUUGGAAAUUCAUGCAUUAUGGAAAAAAUUAUGUCAUAUCGUUAAGCCUGAGGUAAAGAAUAAUCCAAAACGUUAUUCGAUAUUAUAUUUACCACAUGAAUUUAUGAUAGCAGGUGGUCGUUAUCGUGAAUUUCAUUACUGGGAUACUUAUUGGAUCAUAAAAGGUUUGCUUGCUUCAGGUAUGCAUGAUACGGCAAAACAUAUGUUACAAAAUUUUAAAUAUUUAAUUGAAAAAUAUGGAUAUAUACCAAAUGGCGGUCGUACUUAUAUGUUACAACGCACUCAACCACCAUUUUUUAUUCCGAUGGUUUAUGAGUAUCAUACUGUUACAGCAGAUGAUGAAUUUUUACUGAGUGUUAUGAGUACUAUGGAAGCGGUAAUUUUACAAUUUACAACAGUAAAAUUCUGUCAUUUUUGUAGUCCAGAAGCAUAUCGUAGCGACUUUUUUGCGGCUGAUAAUGUUCCAGAAAUUAGACGUCGGCAAAUAUGGAAUGAUAUUAACAGUGCUGCCGAAUCCGGUUGGGAUUUUAGCAGUCGAUGGCUUAGCAAUAGUAAAACGAUGGAUACAAUUGAAACAUCAAAUAAUGUACCGGUUGAUUUAAAUGCAUUAAUGUGUUGGAAUAUGGAAAUUUUGGCACAUUUACACGGAGAAAUUGGUGAUACAAAUCGUCGGGCAGAAAUAAACAUUGAAAGAGCAAAAUUUGUUGAUACAUUUGAAGCGGUAUUUUUUGAUGAUCGUGAAGGUUCAUGGUUUGAUUUUAAUUUAAAUACCGGUGAACGUGUUGAUGAUACCUAUCCAUCUAUAGCCGUUCCAUUAUUUACCGAAUGUUAUAGUAGUUUAAAUAGUCCAAUGUUGGUUGAAGUAUUAGGGACUUUACAACGUAAAGGAUUAUUACAAUUUCCUGGUGGUAUACCGGCAAGUUCAAAACAACAAUGGGAUUAUCCUAAUGGUUUUGCUCCAAUCAAUCAUAUGGUUAUCGAUGGUUUACGGAAAUCAAAUCAUCCAAUUAUGCAGCAAAAAGCAUUUGAAUUAGCAAGUAGAUGGAUCAAUCGAAAUUAUGAAGUUUAUCAAACUGAUCGUAAAUUAUGGCAGCGAUAUGAUGUAGCCAACGAUCAUGUACGAUCAGCAAAUGACGAUGAUAAUGAGGAAGGUUAUGGGUGGACAAAUGGUGCAUUGUUGGAUUUAAUGGUAACAUAUAGCAAACGGAUUAGUGUAUCCGAUAAGACCAUAACAUCAGAUGUGUCCGAAAUAAACGAUAACGAGCCAGUUGAUAUUUUAAUAAAAAAAUUAGAAAAUAUAUUUGGUUCAUGGAUAUCCACCAAGGAACGUUUAAUACGUAUAGCUUCUUACAUUCUCAAAUGUAAUUAA